AUAACCGACAGUCUAUAUCUACAUACAACUGAUUAAUAGUAUAAAUUAUGAUAAUUUUGCUGCUUUCCUUGUUUUCUGGUGUUGUUCACACUCUUCCUCUGCUCCAGUUCUUUCCGUAUGGACGGUCACAUGGUGACGUGUCACUUCCGAUCAAUGAUGACAGCUAUUCCUCCAGUAUUCCUAUACCGGUCCCGUUUCCGUUUUUUGGAGACAUUCAUCGCUCUUUGUAUGUCAAUAACAAUGGUGAUGUUUCGUUUGUCAACCCUCUAAGUCAGUACACGUCGGAGGCUUUCCCCAUUACUGGUUCUCAUCAUAUCAUAGCACCCUUCUGGACUGACAUUGAUACAAGGAAAGGGGGAACUGUUUGGUACCGUCAGUCAGUCUUGCCAAACCUACUUCAUAGAGGAACAAACAAAAUAAGAAGUGUUUUCCCCGAGCUUUCAAACUUUGAAGCGACUUGGAUGCUUGUGGUCACAUGGGAGGAUGUCGCGUUUUAUGGUGCCGACGCAACAGGCAGAAGAAAGAAAAACACAUUUCAGGCCGCUCUGUUGACGGAUGGGACUCAUUCGUUCGCUAUUUUUAACUACAACAAGAUCACGUGGACCACUGGAACGGCCAGUUCUGGAGAUUCCAGUACGGGUCUUGGAGGCACGCCCGCCCAGGUUGGUUUUAACAAUGGCGACGGUGUUCAUUACUUCAGUGUGGAGGGCUCCAGAACCAACGCGAUACUCAACCUACCUAGCAUGUCAAACAUUGGAAUCCCGGGACAGUUCGUGUUUAGAAUCGAUGAGGCGAAUAUCAAAAGCGCAGAUAACGAGUGUCGGAGUUCCCCCUGUGUUCAUGGGAACUGUAAUGAUUUGGUGAACAUGUACACGUGUCAUUGUGACCCUGGAUAUACCGGUGUAAACUGCCAGACAGAUAUCAAUGAGUGUCGGAGUUCCCCCUGUGUUCAUGGAAACUGUAGAGAUUUGGUGAAUAUGUACAUCUGUCAUUGUAACCCAGGAUAUACCGGUGUUGACUGUCAGACAGAUAUCAAUGAGUGCCAGGGAUCCCCCUGUCUUCACGGAAACUGCUCUGAUUUGGUGAAUAUGUACAUCUGUCAUUGUAACCCUGGAUAUACUGGUGUAAACUGUCAGACAGAUAUCAAUGAGUGUCGGAAUUCCCCCUGUGUUCAUGGAAACUGUAGUGAUUUGGUGAAUAUGUACAGCUGUCAUUGUGACCCAGGAUAUACCGGUGUAAACUGUCAGACAGAUAUCAAUGAGUGUCUGAGUUCUCCCUGUCUUCACGGAAACUGCUCUGAUUUGGUGAACAUGUACAGCUGUCAUUGUGACCCAGGAUAUACCGAUGUAGACUGUCAGACAGAUAUCAAUGAGUGUCAGAGUUCACCCUGUGUUCAUGGAAACUGCUUUGAUUUGGUGAAUAUGUACAUCUGUCAUUGUGACCCUGGAUAUACCGGUGUUGACUGUCAGACAGAUAUCAAUGAGUGUCGGAGUUCCCCCUGUGGUCAUGGAAACUGUAGUAAUUUGGUGAACAUGUACACGUGUCAUUGUGACCCUGGAUAUACCGGUGUAAACUGCCAGACAGAUAUCAACGAGUGUCGGAAUUUCCCCUGUGUUCAUGGAAGCUGUAGUGAUUUUGUGAACAUGUACAGCUGUCAUUGUGACCCUGGAUAUACUGGGGUAAACUGUCAGACAGAUAUCAAUGAGUGCCAGGGACCCCCCUGUGUUCAUGGAAACUGCUCUGAUUUGGUGAAUAUGUACAUCUGUCAUUGUAACCCUGGAUAUACCGGUGUAAACUGUCAGACAGAUAUCAAUGAGUGUUGGAAUUCCCCCUGUGUUCAUGGAAACUGUAGUGAUUUGGUGAACAUGUACAGCUGUCAUUGUGACCCAGGAUAUACCGGUGUAAACUGUCAGACAGAUAUCAAUGAGUGUCUGAGUUCUCCCUGUCUUCACGGAAACUGCUCUGAUUUGGUGAACAUGUACAGCUGUCAUUGUGACCCAGGAUAUACCGAUGUAGACUGUCAGACAGAUAUCAAUGAGUGUCAGAGUUCACCCUGUGCUCAUGGAAACUGCUCUGAUUUGGUGAACAUGUACAUCUGUCAUUGUAACCCAGGAUAUACCGGUGUUGACUGUCAGACAGAUAUCAAUGAGUGUCGGAGUUCCCCCUGUGUUCAUGGAAACUGUAAUGAUUUGGUGAACAUGUACACGUGUCAUUGUGACCCUGGAUAUACCGGUGUAAACUGCCAGACAGAUAUCAACGAGUGUCGGAAUUCCCCCUGUGUUCAUGGAAGCUGUAGUGAUUUUGUGAACAUGUACAGCUGUUAUUGUGACCCAGGAUAUACCGGUGUAGACUGUCAGACAGAUAUCAAUGAAUGUCGGAGUUCCCCCUGUGUUCAUGGAAGCUGUAGUGAUUUGGUGAACAUGUACAGCUGUCAUUGUGACCCUGGCUAUGCGGAUGUAAACUGUCAGACAGAUAUAGAUGAAUGUGCAAGCUCUCCCUGUGUGCAUGGCGCAUGCGUUGAUGACGUCAACAGAUAUACCUGUGUUUGUGACUCCUUUCUAUUUGUCGGAUAUCGCUGUACAACCAUCAAUCUUUCUCUGCUGGUUCCUGCAGUGUGUGGCGCGAUAUUGUCCCUGAUAUUUCUACUCUUUCUUUUAUGGAAACGAUUCAGAAGAGAAACACCUGACGACUGUUCAGGAAUUAUCGUGUUUAAGGACUCGUCAUUAGGACCAGCCAAGAAAAUCUUCUCGAGCGGGGGGAAACUUCCGUCAAGCUUGUCCUUUUCCUGACAAUGUUUAAUUUCGAUAUCUAAUUUUCAGUGUUUUCCGUUAGUCCCCAUUUUGGAAAAACAUCGACACUUCAGUUCGAAUUUUCGUCCAGCCGUAAGAAACUUUCACAAAUUCUGUAACUUCACUCCAGUUUUCAUGUUUGAUAUACAUUGUACAUUUUCUUGUGUUAAUAUUCUGGGUAAUUCGUGACGUAAAAACAAAUUCAACCGUUCACACCAUCGAUUGGGAACAAGUCUCUUUAUUCAGUCUCCGAUAUAAUGAUGCAUACAUAUUUCUUUUUAUUCUGUGAACAGUCUCUCUCACAUUCAGGUGUACAUAUUUAUAUUUAUUCUGUGAACAAUCUCAUAUUGAUAUGUACAUAUUUCUUUUUAUUCUGUGAACAGUCUCUCUCACAUUCAGGUGUACAUAUUUAUAUUUAUUCUGUGAACAAUCUCAUAUUGAUAUGUACAUAUUAAUUUUCCAUUUAUUUUUAUUCUGUGAACAUUCUCUCUUAUAUUGACUUGAACAUAUUUAUUCUUAUUCCGAGAACAAUCUCACAAUGACGUUUAGAUAAUAUUUAUUUUUAUUCUGUAAACAUCCCCACUCAUAUUGACGUGUACAAACUCAUUUUAAAGUCUUUCAUAUUUUCUUUAUUUGCAUUUUGUCUGUCAUGUCACAUCUACUAUAUUUUGUCGACCUGUGAUAUUCGCGAAGUUUUGUAUUCGUUUGUAUUAUAUUCUGUUUAUUUGUAAUAUUCGCGAAGCCUUAGAGUUGUUUGUAUUAUAUUCUGUUUAUUUGUAAUAUUCGCGAAGCCUUAGAGUUGUUUGUAUUAUAUUCUGUUUAUUUGCACAUUUAUUAUGAUGACAAUAUACAAAAGCUAGUUGAAUUUG